AUGGCUGCAAAAAACUCAGCUUAUCUUGCGCUCUUCUUUGCCCUCAACAUCCUCUUUUUCACCUUAACAGAUGCAACUAAUCGUGGCUGCCCCCCAAGUCCUAAGCACAGGAAGCCUGUCUCAACUCCUAAACAAAGGCCGGUCCCAGGUAGGGUCCCGAUUCGUCCUUCCUUCCCCAAUCCUACCGUCCCAAGUCCUUCGGUACCAAUCCCUCUGGUACCAAGCCCUUCCGUACCAAGUCCUUCAAUCCCAAGCCCUUCGGUCCCAAUUCCUUCCGUCCCAAGCCCUUCGGUCCCAAGCCCUUCGGUACCAAGUCCUUCAAUCCCAAGCCCUUCGGUCCCAAUUCCUUCCGUCCCAAGCCCUUCGGUACCAAGUCCUUCGGUACCAAGUCCUUCGGUCCCAAGCCCGAACACCCCUGGCUCAUCCAGAAAUUGUCCUAUAGAUGCCCUCAGGCUCGGCGUAUGUGCAAACGUCCUAAGCGGUCUACUCAACAUACAGUUGGGUCAGUCAUCAGCUCAACCAUGUUGCUCGGUAAUCCAGGGUUUGGUUAACCUCGAGGCAGCUGUUUGUCUAUGCACUGCUCUUAGGGCUAACGUUCUCGGAAUCAACCUCAACGUUCCUAUAUCCCUCAGCCUUCUUCUCAAUGUUUGUAACAAGGAUGUUCCGCCUGGUUUCCGAUGUGCUUGA